AUUGUUAUUGUUUCAGAUUUUAGCAGAUAAUCGUAUAUUGUGGCCCGUAUAAUUGUCGGCGGAUGGUGAAUUUGAGUAUUCAAGUUUCAACUAAUAUUUAUUAACUUCUUGAAAUCAGCAAUGUCGGACAAACUUGGUCAAGUUGAAGAUCAUCGAAGGAAAUGGGACAGAGAUGAGUAUGAGAAAAUUGCCCAAGCAAGGCUGGAUCAAGAAUUACAAGAAAGAGAGAAAAGAGAUAGGAGGUACAAUGAACCACCAGUUAAGAGAGAAUUACUCCGUCAGCGAGACUACAAGGUUGACUUGGAAUCGAAGUUGGGAAAAUCGCAAGUCAUUACGAAGACAACACCGUCUUCACAGAUGGGUGGCUAUUACUGUAACGUAUGCGAUUGUGUCGUGAAGGAUUCCAUCAAUUUCUUAGAUCAUAUUAAUGGAAAAAAACAUCAAAGGAAUCUGGGAAUGUCCAUGCGAGUGGAGCGGUCAAGUUUAGAUCAAGUGAAGAAAAGGUUCGAGAUGAAUAAGAAAAAACAAGAAGAGAAGAAAAAAGAAUAUGAUUUUGAGGCCAGAAUGGUUGAACUAAGGGAAGAGGAAGAGAAGCAGAAAGCAUACAGGAAACAAAAAAGGAAAGAUAGGAAAAGAAAGGCUGACGACGAUGGUGAAGAAAUGGACCCCGAGAUGGCAGCCAUGAUGGGUUUCUCAGGAUUCGGAUCAAGUAAACGAUAGCUAUCCCAUUGCAUUGUGUAUGCGUAGACUUACAGUAAUGUUAUCACGGUAUGAAAUGUGUGGAUGGAUUUACUGAAGGGAGAUAGUGAGUGCAUCUAUUCCACAUACUACGGAAUAUGGUGGAUACAUUCCCAUUAUAAUAAGCAACGAACCAAUGUCAACAAAAUAUAUUAGUAUACUUGUUAGUGAGUGAUGUGACGAAUGGGGCAACUUUCUUCCUCAUUUUGUCAUGACAAGUUUUAAAGGGCGCCACCAAAUAGAAAUAUUCCCAGGGGUCCGUACUGUAGUUCGCUUUCUUUAGAUCUGGUUAAUGAGCUUCCUUAAUAUAUUUAAUUUUAUGUCAAUGCCCAUGGUAUUACCCAUCAGCACUGAUUUCUGUGAGACAAUUGAUAAUUAAGUAGUAAAAAUAUGCAAAUAUUAUGAAUUUGCAUGUUCUGCUUGCUUGCGGGAGUGUGGGACGGCGUCCCAAUUUCUGGGAGACUCCUGCAACUUCCGGUAGACUUAGAACCCAGUUAUAAACUCAACAGACUCCUCAGUAUAUUCCUUAAUACUUUUUAGAACUGCAGCUUAUGUGGGUUGGUGCAGAUGGCAACAUCAACAGCAUUAUACAAUACAAAAGAAUAUGAUGUAUUUGCGAGAUACUUGUACUUGGUCUGUUUGUUAUCGACUAUGAAACAGACAUUCUUGUCCAUAGCAGCAAUAAUAUCAAUAAUAGUUUCUACUGUACAUCAUUCUCAAUCGUGGAGGGGACGUUAGGCAUACGUUGUGCUUCUUAAAUUUCUGGAAUACUGUAGUCUUCAAAACUGAAGAUUUUUGCCUUAAAAUAAAAUUCUGCAACUUAGGUACCUGUUUAUGCAUUAAUUUACAGUAAAAAUGUAUAUAUAACAAAUUUACAACUACACCUCACUUUUUAAUAAAAAAAAAAUAUGAAGAUUCCCAGAAAAGAGUAGUCUUACCUAAUCUGGUCAUUUAUAUAGCAUCUUUCUUUACACAUACGAAGCGAUGUAAGUUUUUCACUGGUCAUUGGGUCCACAUGUUUAAGUGUUACAGCCUUGGUACCCAUUUAUAUUCCUGGGUGGAGGGAAGCAAUGUAGAUAAAGUGCCUUGUUCAAGGACGCAAGCCAAAUGCAAUGCGAGGGAUUAAAACCCCGACCUCGAGGUUGGGAAACCAAACCGUUCCCACUGUGCCAAACUGCUUCCACACAAAACUCUACUGUAUUGUAUAGUAUUUGUUAAAGUAGCCACCAUCGUACAGUACACUGUAGUGUAUGGUUAUAAAUGGUGCCCUCAAAAUACACUAUGAUAUUUUAGAGAAUGUUUUGACAAAAAAUGAUUUCUGUAUGUGACCCUCCCCCAACCCCCAGGCCUCUUUAAAUUGAAUUGAUAGCUAUAAUACUGUAGUUUGAAAUUUCCACUAUAUUAUAGUGGAAAUGGUAUUUCUUCAUUUUCUAUUAGUUGAAAUGAUUAUAAUCAGGCAUGAUACAAUUGUUUGAGCCACUUACACUAGAAAAACUACUUAAAAUAAUGUUCUGAUUGGAAAUUUGGUUGUCCCGAGUGCAAAAUGGGUUGUUGUUGAAUACCGUAAAAUCAUCUCAAUUUGAAGCCUUCCUCUUUACUUUGCAAAUUAUGCCAUGAAAAGGAGCCAUCUCGAAAAAAAAAUCCAUGGGCUUCUUUUCAAGAUAACAUGGGCUUUGUUCGAGAGAGUACAGUGCUGUAUAUGCACUCUACAUGAAUUUCAAUAAACAAAAUAAAUUAAAAAUAUUGGUUUUAACACAGUAGUUUAGGUGAUUUAAUGCCAAUUAAUAAACUAUGAUACAGACUGAUGUUACAGUGACCCUAUUCAUUGUUUUGCAGUAGUAAUUACAGCAUUCAUUUAGAAAAGAAGCCCCCCCACCCUUUUUUGACUUACCAAAAUAUUAGCCUUGAAAGAAGCCCAUCGAAUGUUAGCAAAAAAGGAAACCUAGGGCUUCUAUUCGAGGUUUACGGUAUUUGGUGUACUAUGAAUAUAAUUUUUUGAUCGAUAAUUAAACACAUGCACAAUAGAUGUAAACAUACCGAUAAUAUCAAUGAAAUAUCACAGUAACUUUACAUGCAAUGCGCAUGGUUUAACCAGUCAGUUCUACAUGAUAAAGAGUGUUGCUUACCUUGUCUUGGUAACAUUUUAUCUGUAAAUUUGACAAACUAAGGCUGCUAUGAAAGGAAAGCCUAAUCCUGUAGAUAUUGAAUGUAAAGAAACUUUGCUGGGAUAAUUAGUUGAAAAAAAGGUUUGAGGUUAAAUGACAUAAACAAUUUAUAUUUGGCCUUAGUUGACCAGAUCUAAAUUUUAAAGUUUGUUAUAUUUAUUUGUUUCAGUAUGCAGAUACUAUAUAUAUACUGUGAAGAUUAACAAUGGUUAAAGAACAUUUUUUUUAUAAAGAUGAUAGUUUAAGCCAAUUGUGAAUGUCUGUGUGAUAUGAGGUUUGAUAGGCAGUUGAGUCUAUGAAAGAGUUGAUUCUGUUUUCAUGCAUGUUCUAAUGGUUUAUUCCCCUCUAGAUAUGGUAUCAGAACCAUGUGAAUACGUGUAGGUCUCCCUCCAAUUGUGGCAAAGACAAGCCAAACCAGUCACCUGUCGCAAAAUGUGUUUCAGAGAAAAUGGCCAAAACAUGCUGGAAUGUCAAAUUAUUGUGUCAAUCUAUUUUAGUGCACUAAACUAAACUUUAUAUAUCUAUACAUCAUGCUGUGCUGCUGUUAUUUUUCCCAUUUUAAAUGUUAAAACAACACUUUUUAAGGAUUUGAAGACAGUUUCUGCAUGAGAAAUGCCCGAAAUC